UGUCCGCGAGCUUCCCCUCAGGCCCCCCGGAUCCCGCGGACCCGCUCAGCCGGCGAGAACUCGGCCGCCCCGAGAACGAGGGACGGCAGAGGCGGGGCGCAGCAGGGAGCUCUCCAACCGGAGAGUUCCAGGGCGCGGAGUCUGGCGUCCCUCCCCGCCCGCGGCACAACUGCGGGACGAGGGGAACCCCCGAAGCCCCGCCGCCCCACAAACCAGAAGGAGAAGCGGAAACGCCUCCGGGAACCGUCACCGCCGCCCUCAUCCUGCCGCCGCCUCCAGGAGCGUCGCCGCCCCGCACUCACCGCGCGCAUCUCGCAGGCGACGCCGGACGCGGCGGUUCGGGUCACGGCCCUCGCCCGCGCGGUUCCCAAAGCCGCUGCGGGUCCAGCCGGGGCCUGCCCGCGCCCCUGCCGCGGCCCGCUCGCCGCCAGGGCCCGUGUCCGGCCCCGCGGCCCGGCCCCGCGUCCCCGCCCCGCCGGCCCUCGGCUCACCUGGGCCUCGACGACGCGCGAGAGGAAGCUCAGGGUGACCAGCAGCUGCACUGCGGCCGCCCCCCGCACGGCGCCGGCCCGCCGGGCCCCCGGCUCAUGCUGACCUCUCCCCACAGCGCGACCAGCUGGGCCCCCGGGGCCGGGGAACGGUGGGCGGCCCGGGCGACGACCCAAGCUGCGAGUGAGGCCGGAGAGCCGGGCGCCCCUACUUCAUCUCCCAGGCUGCCCCGCCCCCGGCUUCCCUUACGCCCCGGCCACGCCCCCGCCGAUCGCGGGGCCUGGUGGGAGUUGUGGUUCCUGCGCGGCUGCGGGCCCACCUCCUGCGGGGGGGCGGGGCCGGCGGCGGGGGUAGCCCGGGAGCUGCGGCGGCGCCGGCCGCUCCGCCUCCCCCACGGCGGCCAAUGGUACAGGACCACGCGAGCCUCCAAAACAAGAAGCGCUGCGGGAGGGACUCCGCCCCCCUCCGCCGGCCGCCGCGCCAACCCCUCACGGGUGAUGGCUAGUGGAAUCCCGGCCGGGGCUGAGGCCUGGGUGGCCGGUCCUAGACGCCGCACAGCCGGAGGACUCCGGGACGCGCCCCGCGGGGCCUUCGACUGCCGGCCGGGCGCGCUCUGCGUCUCCUGCGGCGGCCGCAACCUCCGGGGCCAGUUGGGGCCCCGCUAA